AAAUGAGGUUUAUUUGAGAGUUGAGAGAAAGAGGAGAUUUCAGCAGCCGGGGCAGUAUUGAACUAAUAAAUUAAAGGGAUUUUAAAGAAGAUGACAAAUUAAAAGCAGUGUGAGAUCACAGAUGAGAUGCGAAUGGUGUGGUUUUGCUGUACGCCGGUACCCGUGAGAGGAUAGAUAUCAUAAAUUAAUGAAGGAGCUGAGGAGGAUGUUCCAUGGUUCAUGGUUGGCCCCAAAACAAAACCAGAAACAUUUUUUUAUUAAUCUCAAAAUUUUUUACAACAUUAUGAACUGAACUACAGUGUUUUUUACACAAGCUAAGGUCGGCCUUGUCUGUCGGUCCUCUCCUACAUACCUCUUUCCUCAGUUCAUUAAUCUUCUUUUGCACUCACGCCAGGAUGCUCUCUGCUUAGGUUUUCUUCAAAAUUCUUGCAGUUUUUAGCUCCAAAAUUCAAUCUUUCUCCGUGUAGGAUUUAGUAUACUACCGUUCCAUACUCAAGCCCAUGGAAACUAAACAAAUAGGUUCUUCGGCUGGAUAUGGCAACCCUCCAUGGAUCUUCACAGGCAGUGCUCUGUACCAACUACAUCUUGUCAAAUCGAAGACUGCUCGAGCUUUCAUUCCUAAAGAGUUCAGAUUAGUUGAGGCUUUCGGAUAUACUCUAGGUGGAUUCUUCCUUGCUAGUUAUGAUGACAGUCCUGCUGGAACUUUUGACGAGCUUGUGGUGCUUGCGGGAAUUGUGUGGAACCCACCUACGUCUUGCGCAUGGGCUGCCAGGGUGCUUGUGAACAGCGAUGAGGCAUGCAUGCAUGGACGAAAGGAUGUUGGACUUCCAAGCCAAGUAGCCAGAUUUUCAAAGAGAAUGGAACCAAUUCCAAAGGCAUCAAAUAAAGGCAAUCACUUCCUAAGCAUGAUUGGGUUGAGUUCAUUCCCCUCUACUCCUCCUAAUGAUUUCUUGGACAUAAAAGUAGCCGAGAUCAAGGGUCCGAGAGCAAUGGAUAUGUGCAAUAUCAACAUACUCACUCCAGCUCGUAAGCUACCUUCGAAGAAAGAGUGGAUGGGCCCGCUCAUCAAAAUGUCACUCCCUAGUUUUAGCGGUCGCACCAAACAUAAUCCCAAUCUUCUCAAGUACUCUUGCCAGAUCGAAUGCAGGGUGCGGAAAGUGGUGCCGGCAAAAGUUUCAGGCCCAUUUACAUUGAAGGCAGAGAAGGAAAGUUCUGAAUGCCAAAACCAAAGUUCAAUAAUUGAACAAGAAGUUACUCCAAAUAAGAGAAACCUCAGCAUAUCUGUGUUGCUCUCAAAACCAAUUCUAGCUUUACAGUUUAGUUGUCUGAAAAUGAAAGUUGAAGCUCCUACUGUUGUUUCUAUGUGCUCAUCAAGAAGUCAUUGAUUGUUUGCAUGUCAAGAAUGACUGACUGAUUUGUUCAUCUGCAGUUCCUAGAUGGAUAUGUAUUAUUAUUAUACUGUUUAGGCAUGUCAAAUACACAACCAACCAAAAAGAAAUUCUUUCAGCUA